AACUGGUUUCAUUCGAACCCAUUGUGUUUGAAGUCAUUUCAAGUUUCUUGCUGGAUAAACAACUCGCCGCGAUGAAGACACUUCACUGUUCUGUGUCGCUAAUUCUCCUCGCUGGCAUGUGAUCGCUAUCUGUCCAAUGGCGUCGAAAAUUAGAUCAGCGCGUUCCUCUCGAAAUGAUACCUACCACCAGGGAUAUCCACAAUCGGCAGACAAACGUACUGCUAGUGUUGGUUUUGAUGCUGCCUUGCAAUAUGUAUCGACAACGGGCGUGCAUGCUUUUGUCCCUCCUGGCUUAGGAGAUUUUCGUGGUCCAUGCCCUGGUUUGAAUGCCAUGGCUAACCACGGCUAUAUCCCUCACAACGGAAUCGCGACUAUUAAUGAAUUCAUUCAGGGCACUUAUGAAGUUUUUGGCAUGGGCAGAGAUCUUGCGCUGUUCUUGGGCGUUUAUGGUGUUGUAAUGGACGGUGAUGUUCUCUCGCUUUCUUUCUCUAUUGGAAAGGGGGGAAACUCCAUUCUUGGUCUCCUUCCUCAAAAUGGACUCACAGGUUCGCACAACAAUUACGAGGGAGAUGUGUCCCCAACGAGAGGGGAUUUAUUUGAAUAUGAUAAUAAUCACGAGGUUCAGAUAUCCCAGUUUCUCCAACUGUACAACCUACAGUCCAACGUCUCAGACCCGUCUCAAGUCAAUUACGAUAUCGAUCUGCUCACAUCCUUCCGCCUAUCCCGUUUCCAACAGUCCAUCGAUAAAAACCCAUACUUUUUCAACGGACCUAUCACUGGUGUACUCGUCCAGCCCGCCGCAUAUCAGUUCAUUUUUCGCUUCAUGGCGAACAAGAGUGACGAAUAUCCUGAAGGGAGGCUGAGUCGAGAUGUACUCAAGUCGUUCUUCUCAAUUACGGGAACGGAGCAUGAUUUCGUCUAUACUCCAGGGCAAGAACGCAUUCCGGACAACUGGUACAAACGCGCCAUCGGGGAUGAAUAUGGAUUACUUUCAGCUAUCCUAGAGCUUACCACUAUUGCCCUUGCUCAUCCAGAAUUCCUCUCCGUCGGUGGCAACACAGGCCAGGUCAAUACUUUCGCUGGAGUCGAUUUUGCGAAUCUUACCGGAGGAGUAUUCAGUACGAGUACCCUGUUGGAGGGAAACAAUUUAGGAUGCUUUGUGCUUCAGGCGGUAAUGCUUCUCCCAAUCGCAGGACUAUUGGAGGGCGUACUCGACGAGCUGGUUGAGAUGGUGAAUCCAUUGUUACAGGCAUGGGACUGUCCCAAACUAACCCAGAUGGAUGUCAGCUUGUUGGAGAGGUUUCCAGGGUAUUCGAGAUAUCCAGGGAAUUGAAUAUUGGCGUCAUUGAAACGGUAUUCUAUAAUCGGCCGAAACUAUUCCUUCAUACGCGAACAAGCUUCCCUCUCUUGCUACAUAUUGCCGUACGCUCUUGUCAGAUCCUAAUAUCGAUUUUGAAAGCGCAGAAGAACGUGCUUCCUCUGCUCAGCUGAUUUUCCAAUGCUUCUACUCCGUGUGGAGCAGCCUAAGGGAAGGCAAAGUUUAUUUUUACCGCUCUGUUACAAAAGGAGGUACAUCUUUCCGUCACAGGAUGGUCAAAGCAAUGUUUCAUAGUCAAAAGUUGAUCAGAAUAUGGGUCCCAUGAAUCUUUUUGGAACAAAUGAAG